CAGCACUCACCGGGUGAUUUUGACGUGCCUCACCCUGCCGGGCAAACUGGUGGAUGGGUGCCGAGCUCUCGCGAUGAGUUUGACGGAGUUGCUUUUGGCAACUCAAGAUCCCAGCAAAAAUGCUCAAGCUGAGGCCCAGAUCAAACAGGCUGAACAAGCCAAUGUGGAGCAAUAUUUCUCGGCCUUGGCCCAGGAGUUAGCCAAUCCCGAGAAGCCGGUGGUUGCUCGACAGCUGGCAGGGCUGUUGUUGAAGAACGGCCUAGCGGCCAAGGACUUGGCCAGAGACAGGGAACUGAAGCAGAGAUGGGUGGCGUUGCCUGCGCCCAGUCGAAACUUGGUGAAGGAAGCCACGACCACGGCCUUAGUCUUUCCACAAGUGGAUGUGGGGAAGGCGGCAGCACAAGUCUUGGCCAAGAUUGGGGCCAUAGAGAUUCCACCCAAUGAGUGGCCAGGAUUGGUGCCCUUGUUGUUGCAACAUGUCACCAAUACGGACAAUGCAGCGAGGCAGAUCUCAUUGGUUUGCCUGGGCUAUUUGUGUGAAGAACUGGUGCUGGUGCAGGAGGAGGGUGGCAAUAUAUCAGAUGAUAUUGCCAAUAAUAUCUUGACAGCAGUGGUUCAGGGUAUGAGGGACCCAGAACCCAACACCAAAUUAGAGGCGACCAGGGCUUUCUACCACGCAGUGGUGUUGGCCAAGAAGAACUUCAGGAACCAGGUGGAGCGGGACGUCAUCAUGUCCGUAAUGCAUGAUGCCUGUAUGUUCACGGCAGCUCCUGAAGUACAGAUUGCAGCAUUUGAGUGCUUGGUGCAAAUCGCCACGGAGUACUACGAUUUUCUCAUGCCGUACAUGAACAACUUGGGCUUGCUGACCUUAGAGACCAUCAAAUCUGCUCCGGAGAAGGUGGCCAUCCCUGCCAUGGAAUUCUGGUCCACCAUUUGCGACGAGGAGCUGUACCUCAUGGACUUGGUCCAGAGUGGGCAACCAGCUGGUGGCAGGGUAUCCUUGAAUCUCAUUCAACAGGCCUUGCCACACUUGGUGCCUUUGCUCACCGUGACCCUGACCAAGCGACAAAGUGAAGAUGAUGACGACACCUGGAGUUUGGCCAUGGCUGCAGGCACCUGUCUUGCGCUGGUGGCCCAGGUGGUUGGGGAUGGCUGUGUGGAUUUGGUGCUGCAAUUUGUGAAUGGCAACUUUACCAAUCAGGAUUGGAAGUACCGUGAAGCAGCGGUGCUGGCUUACGGCUCCAUCAUGGAGGGCCCAACGUCUGAGAAGAUGCGACCCAUGGUAGAGCAAAGCCUCAGUCAUUUGGUCAUGGCUCUUCAAGACCCCAGUGUGGCAGUGCGUGACACCAUUGCCUGGACUUUGGGUCGCAUUGCCCAAUUCCAUCCCACCAUUGUGCCAGUGAAGCAGCUCAUGCCCUUGCUUUGUGAGAAGCUUCGAGAUGUACCAAGAGUCUCCGCAAACAUUUGUUGGAAUGUCCAGGUUCUGGCAGAGGCCCAAAAUUCGGUCCCCUAUCCGGACACGACGCCUUUGUCGGAAUUUUUCACAGCCAUCGCUAUGGCCUUACUGGAAGUGGUGGCACGACCGGAUGCUGAUGAGCGACAGCUACGGAUGGCAGGCUACAACGCCUUGAGCGUCUUAGUGAGCAAGGCAGGCAACGACUGCUUGGGGCAUAUGCAGGCAUUGACCACUGAGAUGUUGAAACACUUGCAGGAAUCCUACAAAUCGAUGGAUCGCGAGUGUGAGUUGCAAGGCUACAUUUGUGGUGUGCUCACCAGUUUGGUGUCCAGACUCCGGGAUCAGAUUGCUCCCUUGGCAGAUAAGAUCAUGGAGGAGGCUCUAAAGGUCAUCUCAGCAUACCAACAGGUGCGGGGCGGCGCGCAGGUGCUUCAUGAGGAGGCUCUGCUGCUGGUCGUGGCCUUAGCCAAUGCAGCUGGCUCAGGCUUUGAUCGCUUUAUGCCACAUUUCGCGCCUCACUUGACAGUGGGCUUGCAAAACUACGAGGAGGUGCAGGUGUGCUUGACCACCACCAGAAUGGUGGGAGAUCUUUGCACAGCUCUGGAGAAAAAGAUCGGGGGCUACUGUGACAUGAUCUUGGAGAUCCUCUACACCAACUUGAAGAACCCGGCCGUGGAUCGCAAGAUCAAGGCAUCUGUCAUGACUUGUUUUGGUGACAUUGCCAUGGCCAUCACUGGUGACUUUGAGAAGUACCUGGGGCCUGUGGUGCAGAUGCUUCGGGAAGCUUCUUCCACCAAGCUGGCAGAUGGGCCAGCGGACAAUGAAGAGUGGGUGGACUACUUGAACCUUUUACGGGAGGGAGUUCUUGAAGCAUAUUCGGGCAUCAUCCAUGGGUUGAAGGAAUCCGGCAAGUUACAUCUCUUCAAGGAGCAUGUGAAUACGGUGCUCAUGUUGGUCAAGGAGAUCUCUGAGGAUCAAACUUCACAGCUGCCAGUGAUCAAGGCAGCCGUGGGCGUGGUGGGCGAUUUGAUCUUGGUCUUUCAGCAGGAGCUUACGGCCUAUGUGGGCAAGGCACCCUUUUUGUCCCAACUGGUGCAGACAGCCAUCAGAAGUCAGGAGCCGAAACUGCUACAGAAUGCUCACUGGCUGCAGGGCAUGCUGGUCAGAUUUGGUGGGAUGUAACCUCCGAAGGGAGAGAGCCACAUAGAGCCACUGGCAUUAAAAAAAAAGAGAAAAAAUGGCACAGAGAGGGCAUGUUCGGCUGCAAAACAUGGCAGCGGGAAGCACACACACACACCAGACAUAUUGUUCAUGUGUACGGCUCCACGUGCGUACGUACAUAUAUACCUAGCUUCUUCAACUUGUACAGGCACCGUGAUUUACACCAGAUUGCGCAAAAAGA